GCGGAGGGGCGGGGCCCGGCCGGGCUAUGGUAGCGCGCGGACGCCCGCACGGUGGCGGAACCAGGAGCGGGUGACCUGGACACAGCAGCAGCAGCACCAUGGCGAGCUCAACACAGGGACUCCCCAGCGCUGAGCUCUGGGCCUCCCAUAAUAAGAUGGUGAUGGAGCCACUGGACACCAAUGACCCAGAGGUGCACAGCAUCAUCAAGAAGGAGAAGCAGCGGCAGAGGUUGGGGCUGGAGUUAAUUGCUUCUGAGAACUUUGCAAGUCGAGCGGUCCUGGAGGCCCUGGGAUCCUGCAUGAACAACAAAUACUCCGAGGGUUACCCAGGACAGAGGUACUAUGGCGGGACAGAGUUUGUGGAUGAGCUGGAAAGGCUGUGCCAGAAGCGAGCCCUGCAGGCCUACCGGCUCGACCCCCAGAAAUGGGGAGUCAAUGUCCAGCCCUACUCAGGGUCACCCGCAAAUUUUGCUGUGUACACGGCCCUGGUGGAGCCCCAUGGCAGGAUCAUGGGGCUGGACCUGCCCGAUGGUGGCCACCUCACCCAUGGGUUCAUGACAGACAAGAAGAAGAUCUCUGCCACCUCUCUCUUCUUCGAGUCCAUGCCCUACAAGGUCAACCCCAAGACUGGUUACAUUGACUAUGACCAGCUAGAGGAGAAUGCCCGGCUCUUCCACCCCAAACUGAUCAUAGCAGGUGUCAGCUGCUACUCGCGGAACCUGGACUACGCCCGCAUGCGGAAGAUCGCUGACGACAACGGGGCCUACCUCAUGGCUGACAUGGCCCACAUCAGCGGGCUGGUGGCCGCCGGCGUGGUGCCUUCGCCCUUCGACCACUGCGACAUCGUCUCCACCACCACCCACAAGACCCUGCGGGGCUGCAGGGCCGGAAUGAUCUUCUACCGCAAAGGCACCCGCAGCGUGGACCCCAAGACAGGCAAGGAGACCCUCUACAACCUGGAGAGCCUCAUCAACCAGGCAGUGUUCCCAGGGCUGCAGGGAGGCCCACACAACCACGCCAUUGCAGGGAUCGCCGUGGCGCUGCAUCAGGCCAUGACACCCGAGUUCAAGGCUUACCAGCAGCAGGUGGUGGCCAACUGCAAGGCACUCUCAUCAGCACUGAUGGAGUUGGGCUAUGACAUUGUCACAGGGGGCUCUGACAACCACCUGAUCCUGGUGGACCUGCGCAGCAAAGGCACAGACGGCGGCCGGGCCGAGCGGGUGCUGGAGCUCUGCUCCAUCGCCUGCAACAAGAACACGUGCCCUGGUGACAUCAGUGCCCUGCGCCCCAGCGGCCUCAGGUUCGGGACACCAGCGCUCACCUCGCGUGGCUUCCGGCAGGACGAUUUCUGCAAGGUGGCCCAGUUCAUCCACAGAGGGAUCGAGCUGGCUCUGCGUGUGCAGAAAGACAUGAGCCCCAAGGCCACGCUGAAGGAAUUCAAGGACAAAUUGGAAGACCCAAAAUACCGUGGGGAGCUGAAGGCACUGAAGGAAGAGGUAGAAGCCUUUGCAGCCACGUUCCCGCUCCCGGGGCUGCCUGUCCUGUAA